UCGUAAGCGGCAGAAGCAGCGGUAGCAGGGCCCUCCCUCUGUCUCUGCGGAUAAAUACUCGCAGCCUGCCUAUAUCCAGGCAUGGAUGACGGUUGCACUCAGACAUGGCACUGCGACAUUACACCCUCGACUUCAAGCUCUCUGCGGCAGUUGACUCUGCUUCAACAGUUCCUGAUCUCCUGUCCAUAUUUCAUGAGCAUGAAAUGACAGAAACUGUGCAUGAAACAAAUGGCCAUGGAUACCUCGGUACAUUUAUUGGCAAGAAUGGCUGGCUUUCUGUUCUGCGCGUGCACUCCCACGGGCUGGUGACCGUUGAUCUGCAGUGUUAUGAAGACGACAACAUUGCACAAGUAGACAAUCUUUUAAAUGCACUGGAAUCGAAGCUGAAGGCUCUGCUAAAUGGCAAUAUAACACGGAUUAAAAGGCUCCCGGCCCUCAUACGAGGAGCAGAAGUGGACCGGUACUGGCCCACGACCGACGACCGACUGGUGGAGUACGACAUGGACCAGCUGGUGUACGAAGAAGAUUCUGCAUUCCAAAACAUAAAGAUCCUUCACUCGCAGCAGUACGGGAACGCCCUAAUACUCGACGACGACUUGAACCUGGCGGAGAGCGACCUGGCCUACACCCUCGCCAUCAUGGGCAGCGGAAGAGAGAACUAUACUGGAAAAGAGGUGCUGAUACUGGGCGGAGGGGACGGAGGCAUCCUGUUUGAGAUGGUCAAGCAAAAGCCAAAGAUGGUCACCAUGUUGGAUAUCGACCAGAAGGUGAUCGACGCGUGCAAAAAGUACAUGAGAGGAACGUGUGGAGACGUUCUCGACAAGAUGGAGGGAGACUGUUACAAAAUACUCGUGGAGGACUGCGUCCCCGUGCUGAAGAAGUACGUCCAGGAGGGAAAGACGUUCGACUACGUGAUCAAUGACCUGACCGCGAUCCCGAUAUCCACGACGCCAGAAGAAGACUCCACGUGGGACUUCCUGCGUCUCAUCUUAGACCUGUCCAUAACAGUCCUGCAUCCGUCGGGGAAAUAUUUUACGCAGGGUAACGCGGAGAACAUGAAGGAGUCUCUGCGGCUGUACGAGGAGCAGCUGGGGAAGCUCUCGUGUCCCGUGGGCUUCUCCAAAGAGGUGGUGUGCGUCCCCUCCUACGUGGAGCAAUGGGUUUUCUACUCCGUCUGGAAGAAGUAAAAACCGCCGCUCCGCUCGAAUCCCCGGCGACGGGAACCUGAACGCUGCUGUUGCCUUCAGGGUGUGUUCAGACUGGAGGAAAAACAAAUUAGAGGCAACACAAAGUUUAGAUUCAUGUAUUGUGUGUGACUUUUUUUGAAAUAGUGGAUAAAGAAUCGAUCUGGAGAAAUAAAGCAAAACUAAAGUGGCGUUGUCCCACACACUCGUUAGAGCGCGGCGCCCGGCCGCAGCUCACAUCUGGACACCGAUUGGUUGUUUUUUGGAUUUCAAAAAACACUCCAGCGGUCCACGUUACUGUGAAUAAAUCAAGAUGGAAAAAUUAACUUUUGCAUUCAGUCUGAGCACAUCUCAAAGAACAUGACGGCAGUUUCCUUUAUUAGUUGAACCCCGUUCUACGCCCUACCCUCAUCUGACUUCUCGCUCUUCCUGGUUUAUUUGGGUGCUGGUUGUAUUUUUGCUUGUUUUGACUUGGGAUACAUUUGCAUGUACUCUGAAGAAACUGGAUGUGUAAACAGUAAUUUGAUACACUGGUGAAGUGGUGUAGCUCCUCUUGCAGCAAGGUGUGUGCGCUGUACUUUUCUUUUUCUUUUUUUUCAAGGUUAUUCUUGAGUUCUGAGGUUGCGUCGUGCGAGUAGACCGAUGGAAAGUCUCGGCGCCGCUGAACUCCGUCGCGGUUUUUUUAAGUUUCCGUUUCUUCCUCUCUGAGGCGAUCGCGACCGAACGAGACGGAAGUGUCGAAGUGUUUUAAAAAAUAAAGGGAAAACGAGAUUCCACCACCUUAUUCCACGUCUGUGCUCGUGCUGUUUUUAUGUCGUGUUUUAUUUGCGCCCUCUAUUCUUUUUCCCCAGUAUAUUUGAAGUUAUGUAAGCGUUGGGUGCAUGAGGACGGUGAAUGUAGCCGCGGAUACAGUCCACAGCACGUUGAUGCGUGGGCAGCCCUGUGGGACUCAGUUACAUUUAUUUAUUCUAUAUAAUUUCACCAAAUGCUGUUCUGUCCUAUUGGAGAAACUUUCUGUGACCUACAAUUAAAAGUGUUUUUUUGGGGGGAACAUG